AUGUCGAGUGGGGAUCCAGCGGAGCGAGUGGUGGUGGAUCUGGCAUCCUUUCAGCCCCUCGCGAAUGGUCUAUCAAAUCAGAGCAUCCACAGCGUGCGCUUGCAGCAGAUGUGCCCCGCCAAGAAGCGGCGCCGCUUCUUGCGCCGGGGCAACGCCCGGCCUCCGGGCAGCCCAGCCACCAACCACAUCCGCAAGGACGCCAUCCUCGUCAUAGGCGUCGACCGGCUGAUCAUCGGGGUGGUGGAGGAGGAGGUGAAGCCGAGCGUCGACAAGGCGUCCGAGAGGUCGGCGGCCAAAGCCAUGCGCGAGGAGGAGAAGGCGGCCUUGCGCGCGCUCAAGCAGGAGGAGCGCGCCGCCGCGCGGGUGCACCGGGACGCCGCCAAGGCGGCCGCGCGCGCCGACCGGGAGACCGGCCGGACCGGGCCGGGCGGUGGCGGCGGCGGCCGCCGCCUCGGCAUGCUCCGCAUGCGCCGCGCGGCCAGCGGCCCGAACAUCGGUGUUUUAGUGGAGCAAGAGAACGCAGAUUCCAUCACGGGCGGCGAGGCGUCCUCGCCGGACCGGGACCCUAGCCUGGGAUCCAGCCCCAGCCUCAGCGUGAGCCCCGACGUGCACAGGAGGGUGCUGCAGCACGGCCGCAGCCGCUCGCAGCACCUGCCCGAGGUGCUGCCGGCCAGCGACGGCGAGGUCGAGGGCGGCAGCUUCCGACGCGCCAAGGAUGCAGCCGGCCCGGCGGCCAGCAGCCCCCUGCGCAUCAGCCAACCGAGCCCUGGCGGCAACGGGCACCCCAUGCGCAGCCCCUUCACUCAAGACGAUCUGGCCGCUCCCACAACACCUCAGCAGACACCUCAAGAGGGGCCUUCUCUAGUGCGCUUCUCUGGCGUCGAUGUGGAGCAGAACACCUUCUCUGCUGAUGUGGCGUACAGCCAGGUGCUGAGGAUAGAGCGCGAGGCGGAGGAGGUGACGGUGUUCUACAGGCCCAACAGCCUGGGAGUGGAGGAGCUGUCGCGCAAUCCUGUCGCCAACGCCCUCGCAGUCACCUUCCUGCUCAGCACCGAAACGGCUGCGAUGGAGCUGGUGACGGAGGUGGAGCGGGCGGUGGAGCACUACUGCCAGGGCAUGAGCCACCUCGGGCGCCAGCUGCCGCUGCCGGGGCCGCCGCAGGUGCUGCUAGUGACUCACCGCCGGCCCGCCCCGGGCGCCGCGCCGGCGGAGGCCGUCGUGCAGGGGCAUCCAUCCUGGGGCGUCACCGUCCCUGCUCCUGCCUCCUGGGACAGCGCUCCCUCAGCCGACCCCCAGGAUGGGUCCAUGGCAAGUGCGGGAGAAGAUGUUGUCGUGGUCUACGUGACAUCCCCCCUUGGCAGCGGCGCAGCGCAGAUCAGCCUCCCGGUUGUGCGCCACUUCCUCAAGGGGGAGGAGGCGCAUCUGUUUGUGGGGGUGACGUUGCGGCCGCCGCCGCGGUCGGUCGAGCGUCACACGUCGCUGCUGGUGCGCCGCAGCAUCCUGCCUGGCUCCGCGGAGGAGGCAGCUGAGGCCGCGGGCUCCUCUGGCGACUGGCAACCCGCCGACAGCAUCCUUGAAGUCGAGCCCAGCCCAGCCUCCACCACUUCCACGCCAGACUCGACGGCGGACAGCUUCACGUCGCGCGUGAACGGCGGGGGCAGUGUGAAGAUGCUGGAGCGCCGCACGAAGAUGCGCAAGUCCAAGCAGGUCCGCCUGCACUGCAUCGUCAGCUGCCCCCCCCACCGCGCCGCGCAUACGGCGCCCGGAUGGCCUCGCACCAACGGCCACUCCCACUCCCCUGAGGGCCUCACUCCAGGGUCAGGGAGUGAGAGGCACGGGCCGCUGCUGACGGCGGCCAGCUUCUCGGCGCCGGCAGUGCCGCUGCUACUGCAGGGCCAGUGGCUGCUGCUGCUGCAGUGGGCGCUCCUGGCCCUCCUCGUGGCUGCCUGCUGGCACCCCCUUGCCACACAGCGCCUCCUCACCUUCCUCGCCGCCUGCCUGCAGGCCGUGCUCAAAGGGGAGCGAUUCCCGGAGCUGCCGCAGCUGCGCGCCUCGGGGGCGGCUGCCGCGCAGCCGGCGCAGGUGGCGUCCCGAGGGACGGCGGAGCUGGGGGCCCUGAGCGGCAAAUGGCAGCUGAUUCUGCUGCGGGCAGAGCUUGUGGACGACUACUGGUGUGCGGCUGGCGCGAGCCUGGAGGCAGACGUGGGUGCGGCGGUGAGAAUAACGCCGGCGGAGCCCGAGUCGAAGCUGGACGUGCUAACGUCAGCGCACGGCGUGUCGCGCGACACAGCGCAGCGCUACCUCAUGGCCGCCAACGACGACCUGGCCGCCACCCACCGCCUGCUCCAGGCCAGCCGGGAAUGGAGGGAGGUGAAGCUGGAGGCCAAGAGCAUCAUGCAGCAGCCGCAGCCGCACUACGAGGCCUUCAAGGACCUGUUCAGCCACGGCGUGCUGGGCUUCUCCCACAGCGGCCGCCCCAUCUGGGUCAUGAGGAUUGGGGAGAUCAAGAAGGGGCUGAAGGCCCUGAAGGCAACUGGCGUGACGCCAGAAGACUACGAGAGACAUGUCAUGUUUGUCCAGGACUACAUGUACACAGUGCUAGACCCAAAUAAGCUGCCUGAGGGCCGCUCCAUCUGGAUCGUCGACAUGAAGGGUGUGGGGUUGUCUGACUUGGGCAGCGAAGCAAUGUCCUACGUCAAGAUCUUUGCGGGCAUCGUGGCUGCGAACUACCCCGAGCGCCUGUACAGGAACUUUGUGGUGAAUGCGCCGGGGUUCUUUUCGCUGGUGUGGCGCAUCGCGGAGCCCAUGCUGUCGCCCAGCACCCGGAAGAAGAUCAUCCUGCUGCACAACAAGCAGGACACCCUGACAGCCUUUAGAGAGGAGAUGGAUGAGGAGCUCAUUCCGCAGGCCUAUGGCGGCCUCAACACCCUGCCCCUGGACCAGAGCAAGCCGGAGAUUGAGCUUCGACAGCUAGUGCAGCGCUUGAACCAGCAGUGA